CCUUAAGUCACGCGUGGGGAGCUACGUUCUUGGGAAGAACUGGAGCGUGCGUUUUGUAUAUGUGGAGGCUUGAACUCUGUUUUGUAAUCAAGCAAGAAUACAAAAAUUUUCCAUAUCUUCUUCCAAUAUUUUACACAUCUUAAGAAAGCAAAACGAAAAGGCAGAAACAUUAAAAACAGACUUUAUGAUGGAAUCGAAAAAGCAUAACGAAAAAAGAGACGGAAGAAAUCAGAUAUGAAGAAAGACAUGAAUGAGCAGCGGCCUGCGACGGAAGAAAAGCAGAAAAGUAGAGAAGAAGGAGCGGCCUGCGACAGAUCUGAUCGGCGACACCUUCGCCGGUGAUACUUGCAUCUCCUCCUCGCCACAAAUCUUCUCUUUCAUAGACGGCGUACUUUCUCUUCACAGAUUUGAUCUCAGAUCUCCGACAUUUGUUUUGCAAGAAGAGUUGGGAGGAGAAGGAUCUGAAAGCCGCUUGGUGUCGAGUCUGGAAAGAAACGAACACAAGGGAUAAAUUUGGAACAACGGAAACAAUUACUCUUAUUUAGGAGUAAAAAAAGGCAAGGUCUUGUUUAAGUAUUUAGGGAGAUUUUUGGUCUUUGACACCAUAGUGAAACGUACGACUUGAUUGACUGGGCAAUGGGAUAUACUAUCCUCCGUCUCUUUUUAAUCGCAACAUGUUAAAUUUUAUACUAUUCACAUGUUCUACUUUGACUACAUUUUAUAUUAUUAUUUUAUGAAAAUUAUUUUUUAAAAUAAGUAUUGUUCAAUUCAUCUCAUUACAAAUUUUCAAAAUCUAAUUUUUAAAUAUUUUUUACUAAUAGAGAUUAAGAUAUAAUUACGGUCAAAGAUGAGCGUUGGCAAGUGCGAAAUGUUGACCGUUGCAACUAAAAAAGUACGGAGGAAGUAUAUUCCUCAGUACCAGAAUGUAUUCACACACACCGACACACAAACGCAAGAGUAGGUGGGAGGAACUGAGGAAGCUAGUUUAUUUAAGCAGCUAGCUAGCAAGCAAAUUACAGAAAACUGGAAGAAGCUAGCUAGCUUAAUUAGUUGAGAAUGAAAACGGAUAGAUUAUUAUUGUUAUGGGCGUCCACUAUGGCAGUGGGGGUGAGUUGCUGCUUGAUGCUGCUGGCGACGAGUGUGGCUAGUAAAUGCGUUGAUGCAGAGAGGGAAGUCCUCCUCAAGUUCAAGCACAACGUUGUUGACGAGAAUGACUAUCUCCGCUCCUGGGGCAACCACAGUGAUGAAGAUUGCUGCCGCGGCUGGGAGGGGGUUUGGUGUGAUGACGCUACUGGCCAUGUCAUCUACAUCGAACUUGAUUACAGGUCCCUGUCCGCGAAAGAUGGUGGGAAGUAUAGCACCAGCCUUCCAUUCUUUGAGCUCCGCUAUUUGAAGCAUUUGGAUCUUAGCGUUAACCACCGUUUGCUGGCAAACCAGAGCAUCUCAUCAUUGAUCGGGAACAACACUAUGGUUUACCUUCAAUACCUGAAUCUUGAUUUAACCGGAAUUGUUGGCACCAUUCCUGAAAAUUUUGGAAACACCAUGCCUGCCGUUACACACCUUGACCUCGGCUCUAAUCAUUUAGAAGGUUCCAUUCCUGAAAAUUUUGGAAACAACUUGCCUGCCCUUACAUACCUUGAUCUCAUCUUUAAUUUAUUGGAAGGAUUCAUUCCUGACAGUCUCGGAAAGAUGGUCAAUUUGACUUACCUUAACUUGCAAAAUAAUAGGUUGGAAGGUCACAUUCCUGAAGCUCUAGGGAAUAUGUCUGUCCUUGAAGAGCUUCAUCUUUGGGGUAAUGAUAAACUACAAGGAGAAAUCCCAAAAUUCAUUUGGAACAUAUGCACUUUGCAAGUCUUGAAUUUGAGUUUCAACCGUCAUAGUGGAACUCUAUUCAUAUCCACAUUAUGCGCAAAUCACCCUCUCCUGCAGUUAAAUCUAGAAGGGAACCGAUUCACGGGCCUAUUUCCUGAUCUUACCAUGUUCCCCUCUUUGGCCACAUUAUAUUUGUCGGAUAACCUCCUAGGUGGGGUCAUUUCUGAACAUCACUUUGUUACUCUCUCCAAGCUACUCGAGCUGGACUUAUCUUCAAACAAUUUCACUUUCGAUGUCUCCUCCGCUUGGCGUCCUCCUUUCCAAUUGUUUAAAAUAUUCCUCAGAUCUUGCAACUUGGGCCCUAAGUUCCCCAAUUGGCUUAGAACUCAAGUCAACUUUACGCACCUUGACAUUUCCAAUAACACCAUCUCCGAUUCAAUCCCCUCCUGGUUUUGGAAUACAACUACAAACUUCGUGGGAAUUAAUAUUUCGUAUAAUGGAAUCAAGGGAACCAUUGGAAAUGGUGCUCAGGCAUCAAUCCAAGGUGGUGAGCUAGAUAUCAGUUCGAAUCAAUUACAAGGUGUCAUUUCACCCUCUUUCUUCAAUGUGACAGCACUGCGCCUUUCUCAGAAUAACUUCACUGACCUCAACUUCCUAUGUGACAUUAAGGCACAUGCUGGUGUGGAGCUUUUGGAUUUCUCAUUCAAUCAACUUUCCGGUAGACUUCCAGAUUGCUGGUCAACAGUCUCUCAUCUGCGAUUUCUCAACUUGGGAACUAAUCACAACCUAUCAGGGACGCUUCCAACUUCCAUCGGAUCAUUGGCUUCCCUGAAGGUAUUACAUCUUGACCAUAACAAGUUUACAGGCCCUCUACCUUCAUCCCUGAAAAAUUGUUCUCUCUUGGUAUCUUUACAUCUGGGACACAACAACUUGUUUGGACCAAUACCACAUUGGGUAGGUGAAAGUUUAACACAACUUUCCAUACUUAAGCUAACAUCCAACCACUUCAAUGCAAGUUUGCCCUUGACCUUGUGUCGUCUCCAAUCUCUUCAGGUGUUGGACCUAUCCAUGAACCACAUCUCAGGGACUCUUCCAAACUGUCUUUCUAAUCUCACUCAAAUGAUGAAAGCAACGGAAAACAGUGGCACAAUGAGUUAUGACUUACCAUAUUCGUCCAGUGUUGCAGAUAAUGCAGUGGAAAAAUACACUACACAAGAGGAAAAGAUAGAUGUUACAUGGAAAGGUAUGGUCUACGAAUUUGGCCGUAAUUUAGGAUAUCUACAUAGCAUUGAUCUAUCAUCCAACAUGUUGAGUGGAGAAAUUCCAACUGAGAUCACAUCUCUUUUUGAGUUGGUCUCGUUGAACUUAUCAAGAAACAAUCUAACAGGACAGAUUCCUUUAAGGAUUGGUAACUUGGCAAAAUUAGAUGUUCUUGAUUUGUCCAGUAACUAUUUGUCUGGUAGCAUUCCUCAAAGCCUUGCCCUGAUUCAUGGCAUGGGGGUUCUCAAUGUGUCAAAUAAUAACUUAUCUGGAAGAAUUCCCAAAGGCACGCAGCUUCAGAGCUUUAAUGCAAGUUUAUACAUGGGGAAUCCCGCACUAUGUGGAGAUCCACUACCCAAUAGCUGUGCCGGAGAAGAAUCAACUUAUCCUUCUGCUCAUGGAUCUAGUGAAGAAGAAGAAGAUAAUAUUUUUGGCAAUGAGUUCUAUGCAAGCAUGGGGGUCGGAUAUGGUGCUGGAUUUUUGGGAGUUCUAGGGACAAUGCUAUUCAACAGGCCCUGUAGGUUUGCAUUUUUCAAAGUCCUUGACAACUUUGCUAAUUGGAUUUAUGUUGUGGUCGCAAUACACAAGGCCAAGUUCGUGAGAUCCCUGGGUGGUUAACAGGUUUAGAACUUUGGAUAUUUGUUGAGUUUUCAAUACAUUGUUUACCCAUAGUUGAUUACAUUACUCAUUUAAACAAUGUCUACAUUGUUAGUAUAUAUUCAAGUAAGUUUUUCAUGGUUCAAGCAGAACUGCAGAAGAGGGGGAAGGAUGGAAGGAAAAGUCUGUAUGGUAUAACUAUCUUAUAGUAUGUAUUGAAGUAAGUUUUUAAGCUAGGGAAGUAGGGAGCUAGCUGCUAUUGGAAAUACGAAGUAUAUAUUUCUGGUCAGCUGCUUUCUUACUACUUUGUGGUUUCAGACAUAACCUAGAUUUUACCACCUUAUUCCAAAUUUAG